AUGCAUGGAUCGCGAUUGUCCAGAUUCGGAUCGAGCAAGGUCGCGGUCCAAAGACCGAUCCUGGAUCGCCAGACCCUGCUGUGCACGUACGGAACGCGAACGAACCAGAGCGCGCUGUUCCCCGACGACGGGCUGUGCGACCUGAUCUUCUUCGACUCGAUCUACAAGGAGAACCAGAACCUCCGGUGGGCCACGGCGACUUUCGGCGGCAGCCUGCGCAGAAUGCUGGACGUGACCUCGAACUAUCGGUCGACCGAGUUUGGCGUAGCCUUUGCGUACGAGAACCGCGCCAGCCUGCGUAGCGAGUUCAAGAAGACGAGCCAGAACCCGCUGGAAGUGUUCUGGAGCCGAAACGUCCCGAACUUCGGCAUCGUCGACGUGCCGGCCAUGGGCGCCAGCUACAAAGAAAUCGGCGAGGUGUACAGGGCGCUCAGGGAGCUGAGCAAGGCAGCCAACAAGAAUCCCGACUUGGUCAAGCCUCCCCACAUUGUUCUCGGCGCCGUACCGAUAAAUCACGAAGACUUUUACGGAACUCAAAUGAGGUCAUUGCAGGAGUACCGACAUACCGUUGUUCCGUUAUACUACGACAACUACUGCAAUUAA